AUGGAGUCGUUCGGUAUUCCAUGUGUGCACAUCGUGGCCGUGUGUGUCAGGCUAGACUUAGGAGAAAUUCCUGAAAGCCUAGUUCUGUGCAGGUGGUCAAAGACAGCUAAAAUGGAGAUCGAAAAUGAAAACAUUAACCACCACACUACUGACCAAAACGUGACCUAUAGAACAAGGUUGGGUGCGUUUUCGCAGCUAUGCAAGCAGUUAGGCAAGGUGGCUUGCAUGAGUGAUGAGGACUUCAAGCUUUACUCAAAGAAGGUUUUAUCCGAUGCUGUUUUCCUUGAAAUCAAGUAUGGCCUUCGACCAGCAAACAAUAUUUUCACACCGACAAUAGAUAAUAGAGUCAAAGACCCAAUUCAUGUUAAAACAAAAGGCACAGGCCGGUGCAGUCAAGCUGGGCGUUCUGCUGCGAAGACCAAAAGAAAGUGCAGUACAUGUGGGAAGCUCGGGCAUCGGAGGACUCGCUGUCCUAACGGAGAUACACCACUUGCAAAAACAAAUGAGAAAGCCCCUAUAUGGGGGCAUAAACGCAAGCGAUCAAAAGUCAAACACCUAAAAAUUGAGACUCGACUUGUACUAGUGGGAAGAACUGAAGUUCAAAUGCCGUAUUUCUAUCGUUUUCCAAAUGAUGGAAAAUAG